CAUUGCCAUUUGACUUUUGCCAUUCCAAAACUAACCUAUAAAUAGCUAGAGGACUUGUGAAAUGAAAAACAUCAAACUUUUGUGACAAAUUUUAAGAUGUAAUUUAUUUAUUCUAGGAUAAUAUUUAUAAACAGAAAAUAUGGAUGAAGCUGACAGUGCUGCUGAAAAGAGCUUGUUUAUUUUUGGCAGGGACAUUUCCAAAAUUCCAUGCUUCCGAAACAGCCUGCUAUAUGGCAUUGGAGGAGGAAUAGCAUUUGGACUAGCUCGGUUCAUGAUAACAAGUCAGCCUUUGAGGUCUACUAACUUUGCUGUAUAUUCUUUUUCUCUAGUUACAAUUGCUUACUGGAUACAGUGCAGAUACACCUAUUCCAAAAAGAGGUUUGAAAUGUUAAAGAUGCAAGAAUUGAUGAAAGCAAAUUCUUUGCUAGAAGGAACAGAAGCUGAUAGUAUACAUAUUGGUGCUAUAGAUACUAAACCUGUAGAAGUGUAAAUAUGUAGUUUUUUUAGCUGUCUUAAAUAAACCAUUUUAUGGUAGCAUGGAAGGUUUUUUACUCGUACAUAUGC